CCGCCGCCCGCGCCACCAUGACCGCGCCGCGCGCGCGGGUUACAGACCGUGCCUUUGAGCUUGCUCACCGGAGCUAACUUCAGCAUGCUGAAGAGGAAGCAGAGCUCCAGGGUGGAGGCCCAACCGGUCACCGACUUCGGGCCCGACGAGUCUCUGUCUGACAGCGCAGACAUCCUCUGGAUCAACAAACCAUGGGUGCACUCCCUGCUGCGCAUCUGCGCCAUCAUCAGUGUCAUCUCCGUCUGCAUGAACACGCCCAUGACCUUCGAGCACUACCCUCCGCUUCAGUACGUGACCUUCACUCUGGAUACUCUGCUGAUGUUCCUCUACACGGCCGAGAUGAUCGCGAAGAUGCACAUUCGGGGCAUUGUCAGGGGGGAUAGUUCCUAUGUGAAAGAUCGCUGGUGUGUUUUUGAUGGAUUUAUGGUCUUUUGUCUUUGGGUCUCGUUGGUGUUACAGGUGUUUGAAAUUGCGGACAUAGUUGACCAGAUGUCCCCCUGGGGCAUGUUGCGGAUCCCACGGCCACUCAUCAUGAUCCGAGCCUUCCGGAUCUAUUUCCGAUUUGAAUUACCAAGGACCAGGAUUACAAAUAUUUUAAAGCGAUCAGGAGAACAAAUAUGGAGUGUUUCAAUUUUCCUACUGUUCUUUCUACUUCUUUAUGGAAUUCUGGGAGUUCAGAUGUUUGGAACAUUUACUUAUCACUGUGUAGUAAAUGACACAAAACCAGGGUAA